GUGCAUCUUAUUCAUAUUAAUAAAAUAAAAAAAUGUCUGAGAAAAAAGAUUUAAUAAAAGAAGCAAUAAAAAGGAGAUAAGGAGGUGGCAAGAGUCGUAAGAUAAUUAAUUAAAUAAAAUAUAGCAUCUAAAACAUCCGAAACAGGAGGAUAAUCAGGAUUAAAUUUCUAUUCAGGUGAUGUUUCAUCUCUAAAAGUUUAACCUAAUACUGUACUAAUAAUAAGUCUUGUAUAUUUGGGGAUUGUUGUGCUUUUACAUAUAUUCAGUAAAUUAAGAUCAGGAGGUGCAGAAACUCCAACUGAAGGGCAGUGAUAUAUAUAUUAAUUAUAGUAUUAUAG